AUGGAUCCAUACACCUUCAAGCCCGUGACUAUCAGUCACACUCCUCGCGACAAUGAGAAUGCGACAGUGAUUCUCAAGCGCUGGUAUGACAAGGAAGAGCUUGCCGAAGCUUUGCAGUAUCUGCCUCCAGGCCUGACCCCAGACAUCUGGGGAACUGUCCUGAACCAGUUCAAAGAUGCACUUGGCAAAGAAAAGGUGGUGACUGGGAAAGAGUUGAAAAUCAACUACAUGGACCCCUUCUCCAUGAAUGCCGACGAGAAAGAGAAACGCGGCAGCGCCUGCGCUCUGCGACCGACCACCGUUGAGGAAAUCCAGAAGAUUUUGGCAAUUGCGAACAAGUACAAAAUCCCACUAUGGACAGUCUCCCGUGGCAGGAAUCUUGGAUAUGGGGGUCCCCAGGCGCGUGUAAAGGGCUCGGUCAUUGUCGAUCUCCAGAACAUGAACAAGAUUCUCGAUGUCAACGACAAGUUCGCAUACUAUACAGUCGAACCUGGUGUCAGCUUUUUCCAGCUUUUCCAAGAGAUUCAGGCACAAAAGAAGGAUAUUUGGUGUUCGACCCCCGCUUUGGGUUGGGGAAGUGUGGUCGGAAAUGCACUCGAUCGGGGCUGGGGAUACACUCCUCACGGUGAUCACUCCAAUCAAAUAUGUGGCUUGGAGAUUGUACUCGCAGACGGCACAGUAGUCCGAACAGGCAUGGGCGCACUGGAGAACUCAGUCUGUGGACCACUGUUCCGUGGUGGCUAUGGUCCGACCUACGAUUCCAUGUUCAGUCAAUCAAACUUUGGAAUUGUCACCAAGAUGUCAAUUUGGGCAUCUCCCGCCCCCGAGGGAUUCAUGCGCUGCCAUUUGUCAGUCCCCGAAGAGACUGAUCUGGCACCUAUGGUGGAUAUUCUGCGCGAACUGCUUCUGCGCGAAAAGAUUCAGAACCACCCCGUUAUCGGUAAUGUCAUUCGCGAAAUCAACAAACGCGGUCUGCGCAAGGACUUCUGGACCGAAAAACGCUCCAUCCCGUAUCACCGAAUCAAAGAGAUCCAGGCAGAUUUGGGAUUGGGAUUCUGGGAUGCCACAUUCGCCCUAUACGGACCUAAGGAGUUGAUGGACUAUCAUCUCAAAGAGAUCAAAGAAGCACUCCGACCGAUCAAGGGCCAUGUUCUUAAGACGACUCCUCAUUAUCCCAAACCCGGCGCGAAAUACCUCAACGCUUUGGAUAUUCCUUACGACCUUCAGACUGGAAACCCCGGCUUGGGACCUCUCCGAUCAAUUGAAUACCGCGGACUCGAUGGUGGCCACAUCUCCUUUUCCCCCGUAUUGCCCUCCGACGGAAAGGCAGCCCUCGACUUCUACUACGAGGCACAAAGACUCUGCGAAAAACACGGAUUCGAUUUCGUCGCCGGUCUUCACAUGCACCUACGCCACAUGACACACAUCAACAUGAUCCACUUCGACCGCGAGUCGCAAGAAGACAAGGACGCGGCCAACAACCUAUUUGUCGAUAUGGUUCGUUCUGCACGCAAGUGCGGCUAUGGAGAAUACCGCGCACACAUUGAACAUAUGGAUCUCGUUGCCCAGCAGUAUGACUUUGGUGGUGGUGCUUUGAUGCGCUUGAAUGAGAAGAUUAAGGAUACCAUGGAUCCCAAUGGUAUCCUGAGCCCUGGCAAACAGGGUAUCUGGCCCAAGCACUACCGAAAAGCAAAUGACCCGCGUUUGUGA